CUGUGCUAUAUGGAGGGUGCACAAUAAUAAUUACAAUAGAUAUCGGUUCAAACAUCGAAUAUGUAGCGUGCGAGAAUGUACAUAUAUAUAUAUGGAUACAGUUACGGGGACAAUUACGUUAUAUAUACGGGGACAGUUUGCUACAGUUGAUCAGUAACCUCGACACAACAGAACAGCUAUGACAGAAGUGGAAGGGAAGUCAUGUAUUGCCAUUGUCGGAGGUGGUUUGGUUGGAGCAUUAGCCGCUUGUUUUCUCGCUAAAAGGGAUCAUCAAGUAGUCAUUUAUGAAUAUCGAUCAGAUAUACGAAUGGAAAAGUCGCGUGGUCAAAGUAUUAAUCUGGCACUGUCAUUCCGUGGCAGAGAAGCUUUAAAAGCAAUUGGUCUCGAAAAUAUUUUGGUAAAAUGUCAUGGUACUUGUAUGCGCGGAAGAAUGCUCCACGAUAAAGACGGCAAUUUGAAAGAAGUUCUUUAUGACAGCGUCAAAGGAAAUUGCAUUUACUCCAUCAAUAGACGAUAUCUCAACGUGGUUUUAUUGGACGCUGCGGAAAAAUAUCCGCAAGUACAACUCAAUUUCAACAGAAAGCUCGUAGAAGCUGAUUUGGAGAAAGGAAAGAUAAAGUUCUUAAAUACUAAUACGGGGGCAACGGAAGAUGUGGAAGCUGAUUUGAUAAUUGGUGCUGAUGGCGCGCAUUCGACAGUACGAAAAAUUAUGGCUAGGAGGCCGCUCUUUAAUUGCGCUCAAACAUAUAUCGAACAUGGAUACGUGGAACUAUCUGUGCCGUGUAAAGAACACAAUAAAUUUGCGAUGAGCGGUAACAAUCUUCAUAUUUGGCCACGUGGCGACUUUAUGAUGACCAGCCUUCCGAAUGAGGAUUACACAUUUACUGGCAACUUGUUCGCUCCGUUUUGUGUGUUUGAAAAACUGAAGAGGCGCGAGGCAUUAUUGAGCUUUUACACUGAGCAUUUUCCAGAUCUUCUGCGAUUGAUCGGUGAGAAGAAACUAGUGGAGCAAUUUUUCGAAAAAGAACCGCAAACUUUAAUAUCAAUUAAGUGUAAACCUUAUCAUGUUGGGAAAACUGCUGUUAUAGUUGGAGACGCCGCUCACGCUAUGGUGCCUUUCUAUGCUCAAGGAAUGAAUACUGGAUUCGAAGAUAUUCUAGUGCUCGAUGAAUUAAUGGAACGCUACAAUUCAAACUUCGCAAAAAUUCUGCCAAAAUUUUCGGAAUUACGAUGCGACAAUGGGCACGCAAUAUGUGAUCUCGCAAUGUAUAAUUAUACAGAGAUGAGAGAUUUAGUGACGAAAAAAUCUUUUCUUUUUCGAAAGUUCUUAGACAAAGUUUUAUUUACCCUUGUUCCCAAUUUCUGGAUACCACUUUAUUUCGCCGUGCAGUUUACUCGCAUGAGUUUUCGUGAAUGCAUAGCGCACAAAGAAUGGCAGGAUAAGGUAUUGAGAAUGAGUCUUUUUUAUCUCACAUUUUUUAUUUUUGCUGUCUUGACUAUUCCUUUUUUACGAAAUGGAAUGUGAAUUUAAUCGUUGCCAAAUAUUACCAAUUGUUAAUUUAUGAUACGGAUAACGUAAUUAAUAACUAAUUUUUAUAAGAAGUAUUUCUACGUAUUUAAGUAUCUCAUAUAAAUUUUUAUGUAGAAUAAGAUGGCGCUUACU